AUUGUUCCAAAGUCAAUGUCUAAGGUAUAGCCACCAAAGACGACCAGACGAAAACUCUAAAUGAAAUAUUGUAUGUUGCUGAUGAUAAUAUUGUAAUCUGUGAAUAACAAAACAAGUGCACAUACAAAGAAUCGCCUUAUAUGAGAUAUGUUGAUCGUAUUCUCAGUUCUUCUCUUCUUUAUCAUCAUCACAAGCUUCUUAGCAAGUUCAACAUCUGCUUCACCAUCUCUCCAUUCAGAUGAGUUGAAUGCGCUAGAGAAGAUAGCUACUACUCUUGGAAUCAAGGGACUGGACCUAAGUUAUGGAGACCCUUGCAGUUUAGGAACCCUAAAGAUGAUGCAAGACGUUGAUGUUGAGACUGGAAACAGCACCAUUCGUUGUGAUUGUAGCUUCAACAACAGCAUGACAUGCCAUAUAACAAGCAUAGACCUCAAGACCCUUGGCCUUCCAGGAAAACUUCCACCAGAGUUUGCUGACCUUCCAUAUCUCCAAUCGAUAGACUUGUGCAGAAACUACCUUACGGGCACAAUCCCUAUGGAGUGGGCUUCGUUGCCAUAUCUCACUUCCAUCUCGCUCUGCGCAAAUAAUUUGUCCGGGCCUUUACCAACUGGGUUACAGAACUUCAAGAAUCUUACAGUCCUAGGGGUUGAAGCCAAUCAUUUCUCUGGUCCAAUUCCUGAGGAGCUUGGUAACUUGACCAACCUAAUACGACUGCAUCUUACCUCCAACCAAUUUACAGGAAGCUUGCCUAACUCUCUCGCUAGACUUGUGAACCUUGAGGAUUUGGUAAGUGACAAUAACUUCAAUGGUACCAUCCCAGCAUAUAUAGGCAACUGGUCUCGGCUUCAAAGGCUAGGUCUACUGGCAAGUGGACUGAAAGGUCCUAUUCCUGAUGCUGUCACUCGCCUAGAAAAUCUUAUUGAUAUGAGUAUUAGUGAUACAACUGGGAUCAACUCCUUUCCAAAUAUGUCCAGCAAAGCCAUCAGAAAACUGAUUUUGAGGAAUGUGAGCUUGUCUGGUCCAAUUCCUUCUUACAUAUGGAACUUGCCAGAGCUAAAGACUUUGGAUUUAUCGUUUAACAGCUUGACUGGUGAAGUUCGUGGGAUACAAAGUGCACCAAAAUACACCUAUUUGACUAGAAACAGACUUUCUGGAGACGCUGGAUCAGGUGUUUUUCUCAAUAGCCAAUCUAAUAUUGAUAUCUCGUACAAUAACUUCUCUUGGUCGUCUAGUUGUCAGGAAAAGAGUAACAUUAAUACAUACCAGAGCUCAUAUUUGAAGAACAACUUAACUGGGCUUCUUCCAUGUGCUGGUCCAAUCAACUGCACAAGCUAUCAGCGAACAUUACAUAUAAAUUGUGGUGGAGAAGACAUAGUCAUUAAAAACUCCUCUCAUAAAAUCGCCUACCAAGCUGAUGACAGUACUGUCUAUUCCGCAACAAAUCAACACUUCAAAACCUGGGGAAUUAGUAACACAGGUGUGUUUGCCGCGGAUGAACAUAGCGAGAAUGAUACGUACACCAUUUCAGCUAGUUCAAAGCUACCUAGAGAUUCUCCUAAUCUUUAUAAGACUGCACGUAGAUCUGCUCUCUCACUUGUUUAUUAUGCAUUUUGCUUGGAAAAUGGAUCCUACAAUGUGAAACUCCAUUUUAUGGAGAUUCAGUUUUCAGACGAAGAACCAUUCAGUCGCCUUGGCAGACGCAUAUUUGAUGUCUAUGUUCAGGGAGAAUUGUUCUUAAGAGAUUUUAACAUCAAAAAAGAGUCUAGAGGGACUAUGACGCCUGUUGUGAAAGAAAAAAAAGUUGUUAACGUAACCAAUCAUAUGUUAGAGAUUCAGCUGUAUUGGGCAGGGAAAGGGACAACCCUCAUACCCAGAAGAGGAAACUAUGGUCCUCUUAUCUCUGCAAUUUCCUUGUGUCACCACAGUAUGGAGCCACUAUGUGGAGCGGAAAAAAUAAAACAUCAAACUAAUUAUCCCCUAAUUUUUGGGACUAUAGCUGCCUUGGUAACAAUCAUUCUCUUGGCUUUGGGAAUAUAUGCUCGGAGAAGAUGCAUAAGAGACAAGAAUACAAGCGAACGAGAUCUAAGAGUCCAGGGCCUACCAACGGUUUGCUUUACCUGGAGGCAACUGCAAGCUGCAACAAACAAUUUUGAUCAAGCCAACAAACUUGGGGAAGGAGGUUUCGGAUCCGUAUUCAAAGGAGAGCUGUCAGAUGGAACUAUCAUAGCAGUCAAACAGCUUUCUUCCAAGUCACACCAAGGAAACCGCGAGUUUGUGAAUGAGAUAGGCAUGAUCUCUGGUCUGAAUCAUCCAAACCUCGUAAAGCUUUAUGGAUGUUGUGUCGAGAAGAAUCAAUUGAUGCUCGUCUAUGAGUACAUGGAAAAUAACUCCCUCUCUCAUAUGCUCCAUGGAAAGUGUUCCGUGUACCUGGACUGGAAAGCAAGACAAAAAAUAUGUGUUGGAAUUGCAAGAGGGCUUGAAUUCCUUCACGAGGGAUCAAUGAUCAGAAUGGUUCACCGUGACAUAAAGACCACAAAUGUACUUCUAGACGCUGACCUAAAUGCAAAGAUAUCUGACUUUGGAUUGGCUAGGCUAUAUGAAGAAGAACAUAGCCACAUUAGCACCAAGAUUGCAGGAACCAUCGGAUAUAUGGCUCCAGAAUAUGCACUAUGGGGUCAGUUGUCAGAGAAAGCAGACGUGUACAGCUUCGGGGUUGUGGCAAUGGAAAUUGUUAGUGGACAGAGUAAUAGUAAAUACAAGGGAAGUGAUGAUCAAGUCUCCCUUAUCAAUUGGGCAGUGAAGCUGCAACAGAAAGGGGACUUAACGGAGAUAGUAGAUCCAGUUCUACAAGGUGAUUACAACAGCAAUGAAGCGGUAAGGAUGAUCAAAGUUGCUAUUGUUUGCACAAACUCAUCUCCUUCCUUAAGACCAACCAUGUCAGAGGCUGUGCAAAUGCUGGAGGGAGAGGUAGAAAUAACACAGGUUAUUUCAGAUCGUGGUUUAUAUGGACAUAACUGGAGCAUCUCAAACCUCAGGGACAUUGAUACAGAUGGUAUCUUGAGCACAUCUGGUGUAACCGAUCAAACGGCAACGACAAUGAAAUCGUCAGUUACUGGUUGUGAUCUCUAUCCAUUAUACCCAGAAUCCAUGACCUUAAUCUCCACAGUGGAACGCUCUUCCUCGUCGCUGUAAAGCUGUGUGCGUUGCCUUGUGUCUUACGAGAGACAAAAGGCUUGUAAGUUGUCUUAUAUUAGUAAGAUGUCUGAAACCUUACAGUAGCUUAAUUUACAUGUAUAUGUGUAUGUACAUGAUUUUUGUGUUACAGCGAAGGGACCAGCGAAUCAUCUUGUA